AAUUAUUAAAUAAAUUGAUUAAUUAAAAUAAUAAAACGUGUUUAUGAUGUUAAUAAUACUCUUGAUGAUCAUGCAGACUUUUACAUCUAAUAUUGAUGUUUAAAUUUCAUAUAUCGAUGCUUCUUUAAUAAACAUUCAUUGGUGUAGUGAUACAGUUUUGGCACUCACUUCAAAAGGAUCUGUAUAUAGAAGUGAUGAUCGUGGUCGUCAAUGGACCAAAAUGUCUGAAAUUUUCCAUCGUAAAGCAUUAAUUCAACUUGAGGAUUCUGAUGAUAGAGUUGGAAUAGUAAAUAAUUUAGUUGCAAGUCCUGUUGAUAAAUAACUCAUUCUUUUUACAGGCACAGAUUAAAUUGCAUGGAUAUCACUUGAUUGUGGUAAAACUAUAACAGCAGUUAAUGCAGGCAAGUAAUUACGUGAAUAUUAAUUUCAUCCAAUUGAAAAAGAUUGGAUACUUGCCUCUGCAUGGAAAUAAUGUGGCUCUGAUGAACUUCUUGCUGGUAAACCUUGUGUUUCUUACAAGGAACUUCUAUUAAGUUAAGAUACAGGAAUCACUUGGCAUUCCAUAGCUACUUAUGUUAAUUAAUUUACUUGGGGUGUCAAAAACAAAGACAUGGCUAAAUAUACUCCAAAAGAACGUAUUCUAGCAUCUUUUGAACCUCAAGGAAAAGGACAUUAAUCAAUAAGUAGUUGGAAUAUGGAUGCCAAUUUAUAUUAUAGUGAUGAUUUCUUUUAAACUCGUACUUUAAGUGUACCAGCAGGUUCAAGAUUUUUAUUGACUGAAUCCUUCCUUUUUGUAGCUAAAGUUACAUCAUAAUACACCUAAGAGGUUAGUUUGUAUGUGAGUGGUACUGAAUUAGGAUAAUAUAAAUAUGCAAUUAUUGAUGCUGAUUCAAAAUUAUUAGAACACUCUUAUAGUAUUUUAGAUACUUCAGAAAACUAAGUUUUUAUGAUUGUUAAUCAUUUAAAGCCAUCAUCUCCUUUGGGAGUAAUUUAUAUAAGUGAUUCAACUGGUACAAGGUAUUCAAGAUCCUUAGAGAAUGUGGCUAGAUUAGAAAAUAGUGCAGAAUUUUAUAGGGUUUAAGGAUUAGAAGGAAUAUAUUUAGCAAAUGUAUAUUCAGAAGAUUAAGCUAAAAUAUAUUCUCAUCAAGUGUAAGAAGCAAUGGAAGAAGGAUUCUAUGCUUAAUAAAAUGGGUUUAAAGAUGAAGAUUUGAAAAAAUACAAAUAAACAAGGAUUACAUUUGACAAAGGUGGUUAAUGGGUUCCAUUAAAAGUAUAAUUAUUAAAUUUAUAAUUAGCCACCUACAGUUGAUGCAGAUGGGAAACCAAUUAAUUGUAAUAAAUGUUAGUUACAUAUUCAUCUUAGUUAAUCAUUUUAUUAAUUUGCACCUAUUUAUACAUAAGCAAAUUCAAUAGGUAUAAUUAUAGCUACAGGAUCUAUUGGAAAAUAUUUAAGUUAUAGAUAAGAUCAAGUUAACACUUAUUUAAGUAGAGAUGGUGGUUUAACAUGGAUUGAAAUAAAAAAAGGUUCAUAUAUUUAUGAAAUGAGUAAUCAUGGAGGAUUGGUUGUUAUGUCUAAAGAUUAAGAGACUACUAAUUAAAUUGUUUUUUCUUGGAAUGGUGGAAUGGAAUGGACUCCCUUUAAUUUUUUAGAUUAGAAGGCAGAAAUCUAAAAUAUAAUUACUGAACCUUAAAAUAAAGGAACUAGAUUUAUAGCUUAUGGUUCUAUUUAAUUAGAAUCUAAUGGUAUUAAAACUGAAUAGGGAUUACUUGCCACUAUAGAUUUAGAUGAAUUACAUUAAAGGAAUUGUAUAGGUUAAGAUAAACCUGGAGAAAUUGGUAGUGAUUAUGAAUUAUGGACUCCAUCUGGUUUGGUGAAUCCAGAAUGUUUAUUUGGUAAAAAAGUAACAUACAUGAGAAAAAGAAGAGAAGCAGCUUGUUAUAAUCCUGAUGCAUUAGAGAAAAUCAUUAGUGUAACACCAUGUUAAUGUUCAUAAGAAGAUUAUGAAUGUGAUUUAGGUUUUGUGAUGAAUAAUUAAUUAUGUGUACCAAUAAAUGGUACUAUCAAUAUUGAUCCACCUGCUGAAUGCAAUGGUUAUUAUACUAUUUCUAGUGGAUAUAGAAAAAUAGCAGGAGAUAUUUGUGAGGGUGGAGUAGAACAUCCAUCAAUGAGAUUUAGUUGUCCAAAUAAUAAAGGUUGGAUAUUUGAUUGGUUAGUUAUUGGAGGUAUUAUAUUUGGAUUAUAUUGGGUUUAUAAUAAUUAAGAUAAGGUCAAAGAAUAUUUUACUAAAACUGAAAUGACUCAACUACCACAGUCUAAAUCAGAUGUAUAUUUAUAUAUUUUAUCAUUAGAAAUUAAUCAAGUAAUUAUAAUAAAAAUAAUCUAAACAAUAAUAAUAAUAAUAAUAAUAAUAUUAACCUAUCAACCUUGAAUAAAAUGACUCUUAAGAUUAAAAAUUUGAUGAAGAGUUGAUUGAAAAAGAGGAAAAUAAUUAAAUGGAAGAUGAUGGUUCUCAUGAAUUGAUUUGA